AUGGAUCGUAUUCGCAUAAUGUGGGCAAUCACAAUUAUUGGUGCAAUAUUGAUCUCGUCGAAGCUGAUGGUUGUCUUUGCCGUCCCAUCAUGUUCAAUGGUUGCUCCGAUGUUGCCUUCAUGCUUAGGCUUCAUAGAAGGUCUAGAGCCAUCGGGCAUGUGUUGUUCGACAGUCAAGUACCUCAAAGACUUGGGCAAAACCAAAAAUGAUCGUGUAGCUAUUUGCGAAUGCUUGAAACAAGCCACAAGAAUGAUUAGUUAUGAUCCAAAACGAAUCCCUCUUUUAUCCAAGAAAUGUGGUGUUCACUCAAAACUACCUCCGGUUGAUAAGGAUUACGAUUGCUCAAGGGUGAGAUAG